AUCUAUCUUCGUCUGAGGCGAUGAUGCCGUCAAGAGCACAAGACAAUCAUACUAGAUCAAUGGCUGCCAGCAGCAGCAAGAAGAGAUCCCUGGAACAGAAGAACGAUGAGCAAAACAACUUAGAAUUUGGGAACAGCAUCGACACGGACCUCUCUGGUUGCUUCCAAAAGUUCAUCGCGAACUCCGUCGACACGGCCGGAUCAAGCAGCAGCACCAACUGGGCUCCAGAGCUCCUGCAAGAAUGCGCAAAGGCAGUGGACGAGAAAGAUGGCCCGAGAGUCCAGUAUCUCAUGUGGGUGCUCAACGAGCUCUCCUCUCCAUACGGCAACACGGAGCAAAGGCUCGCGUCGGCAUUCCUCCAGGCCCUCUUCGCAAAGCUGACGAGAAGAGGCGGCCAGCACUACCGGAGCCUGUGCAGCGCCGCCGCCAAGAGCCACUCCUUCGCGUCGAUGAAGAAGAUGGUGCUCAAGUUCCAGGAGCUGAGCCCCUGGAUGACGGUGGGGAUGGUGGCGGCCAACGGAGCCAUCCUGGAAGCGCUCGAGGGCGAGCGGAGUGUCCACAUUGUGGACGUGAGCAACACCUUUUGCACCCAGUGGCCGACGCUCUUCGAGGCGCUGGCGAUGAGAGCCGAGCAUCCUCCACACCUGCGGGUCACAACGCUGCGGCUUAGCUCCAGAGAGGAGGAAGAGAGCUCCGAGCAAGUCAUGAGAGAGAUCACUCACCGGCUAGAGAAAUUCGCGCGGCUCAUGGGAAUCCCCUUCGAGUUCUCGGUGCUCGCCGCCGUGGAGACGGAGGAGAUCAAUCCGGCAAUGCUGGAGACCCGGAGCAACGAGGUGCUCAUCGUGAAUGCCAUGAAUUUCUUCCAGCACCAGCGCCACGGCCGCCCCCUCGCUGUUCUAGCCCGGGCCGUAAACCCGAAGGCCGUGAUCGUGGUGGAGGACGAGGUGGACCUCUCCUCUCCUCAAUUCCUGACGCGCUUCGCCGAGGCGCAGCGAUUCUACUCCAUGUUCUUCGAAUCCCUCGACAGCAGCUUCCCCAGGACGAGCGGCGAGAGGAUGAUGCUGGAGCGCGUCGCCGGUAGGCGAAUCGUGGCGGCGCUAGGCUGCGAUGACGAUCCCGCUGCGGGUGCACGGGCGCCAGAAAAAUGGAACCUGGCGAUGCAACGCGAGGCAUUCGUGCCCAAGCCCCUGAAAUCCGAGGUCGUGGACGACAUUCAGGCGCUGCUCAAGCGCUACAAACCUGGAUGGGGCCUCCAGCGUUGUGACAUUGGCCUUUUCUUGACGUGGAAGGAAGAGAACGCCAUCGCUGUCACAGUGUGGAAGCAACAACCCUAGCGCGGGGAAGAAACCAUUUUGAAAUAUUAUUAAAUUUUACUUAGUAUUCAUUUA